UUUGCCCUUUUUCCUUUCCGAUGUUGUAUUGAAUAUUUGAAUCCGACGAGGCCUCCAUGGAACCAACGAUAUCAUCAUCUGGGCGAGAAGAAAGCAGAAUCCAGCUCCAGACCUGCGCAUCGCCAGCGAGAUGAAGAAGAGCUUGUCCGAAUUGGAACUGGAGGCGUUCCUGCGACCGGUCGGGGGCGAGACGGAUGAUGACGACGACCGGCCACCACCGCCCCCGCCCACGAUGGAGGACCUCCUCAUCCCCGCGGCGGCCUCGCAGAAGCCCCGCGGAGACCCCUUCGCCAACGUCUGCGGCGACUUGGGCUUCGCCUUCGGCGAUCGGAGUGGUUGGCUCUGCGCUCGAAAGCAGGAGACGUUAAGCAGUCAUUCGACUGGUGUUCUCCAGGCGGGGAGUCAGCAGUUGUGGUCUCAGAAUCCCACCCCCAAGCACUCCGGCAUUUCUGCAACCAUCGAGUCCCAAUCUUCCAUUUGUGGUGCUGGGAGCCCGACUUCGGCUCAUAAGCCUAAAGGCAUAGAGAAUCCAGCUCCAGGAGGAUCCAGUGGUUCCGAGCAGUCGGAUGACGAGGAGUCCUUAGAAAUAGAGGCAGGGCCAUGCGAACAGAGCACAAAUGUUAUCGAUCUGAAGCGCAUGAGAAGGAUGGUAUCCAACCGCGAAUCUGCGAGACGCUCGAGGAAGAGAAAGCAAGCACAUUUAGCUGAUCUCGAGUUGAAGGUUGACCAACUUAGAGGAGAAAAUUCAUCUUUAUUCAAGCAACUAACAGAUGCCAAUCAACAAUUCGAUCAAGCUGUUACAAAUAACAGGAUUCUCAGGUCAGAUGUGGAAACUUUGAGAGUCAAGGUAAAGAUGGCAGAAGAUAUGGUUGCCAGGGGUGCGUUAACUUGUAGCCUAGACCAUCUCCUCCAAAGCCACAUUGGAUCACCCCAGUAUCUAAAUACUCGACAGCCAUGUCGAGCAUCAUCAGAUGUCCUUUCAACCUUGGAUUUCCAAGGAGAUGACACUUGCUACACUGGCAUGUCGGCAGCCGGACAAGUUCAAAGCAUUGCAAUGGAGAAUAGCCAGAACAAGAAUGGGGGUAUCAGGUCUAGACUGAAUCACAGCUCGCCACUGGAAAGCAUUGCAAGCUUGGAAAACCUGCAGAACAGACCCUCCAGUGAAAUAACAAACUGCGGUGCUGACAUUUGGCCAUGGGAUUCCCCCCCAAAUGCAAUGUCCAAGCAGCUUUAAAUUCCACCCAGUAAACAGCGGAAAACUAGUAUUGUCAAACUGUGUGGUCACUUUAAAUAUGUUACUUUCUCAACCUUAUUUUCAUGAUGCACCGAGCUUUUUACCUUUUCACCAGUGAUGAUGACCCCAAAAGUUUCUUUGCAA